AUCCGCAUGCCAGCGAGGAUGGAGGGUGCUGACGCUGUGUGACAAUAGGAGUAAUCGAGUUAAGCAACAUCUGUGCCGAGUAAACACAAUAACACGCUCGCCAAAGUGAGUCUAAACGGGCGGGAAAGCAGCUUUUGCGAGUAACAAGAAAGAGGGAGGCUGCUGUUUAACAAAGGAUUGGCUUCGAUGGGAGCUUUCAGCCGCCAGAAGUUUUUCCAGGAGCUCGCUCAUGGCUGCCUGUUGCCGACAGCCCAGCAGGGCCUGGAGCAGGUGUGGCAGCUGCUGCUUAUCUGUCUGCUGUGCCGCCUUCUCUGGAUGUUCGGCCUCCCCUCUAUUGUAAAGCACCUCGCCAUGGUGGUGGGAGGUUUCUAUGUCCUUUAUCUGUUUUUUGAGCUGCACAUGAUCUGGGUGGUCCUCCUCAGCCUCCUCUGCUACCUCUUCCUCUUCCUGUGUCGACACUCAACCAUGCGAGGCACAUUUCUUUCCAUCACUGUGCUCAUUUACUUGCUGCUGGGAGAACUACACAUGAUGGACACCACCAACUGGCACAAGAUGAGAGGUUCACAGAUGGUGGUGGCCAUGAAAGCCAUUUCUCUGGCCUUCGAUCUGGAUAGAGGUGUCGUGGACACUGUACCCUCACCCAUUGAAUUCAUGGGUUACAUUUACUUUGUUGGAACAGUCAUCUUCGGCCCGUGGAUCAGCUUCAAUUGCUACAAAGAGGCUUUAGACGGGCGUAGGAUUAGCUUUUCAUGGUUAUUCAAAGUGUCUUUUAGCUGUCUUAAAAGUCAGAUCUGCCUCGUUCUUUCCAAUUGUGUGGCUCCUUACCUCUUCCCUUAUUUCAUCCCUGUCUAUGGAGAAAAAUUACUGAGAAGCAAAAAAAGGAGGAAAAUCAGAGAUACCCUAGCAAAGUGGUUACUGGCAUAUGAAAACACAAUGUCUUUCCACUUCAGCAACUAUUUUGUUGCUUACCUGAGCGAGACUACAGCCACACUAGCUGGGGUGGGUUUCACUGAAGAGAAAGAAAACCUCAAAUGGGAUCUGGCAGUGUCAAAGCCACUGAACGUUGAGUUUCCCCGAUCAAUUGUAGAAGUGGUCACUUCAUGGAAUUUGCCCAUGUCAUGCUUUCUCCACACAUAUGUGUUUCAGAGUGCUGUCAAAUUUGGGACUUUCUCUGCCAUUAUGGUGACAUAUGCUGCCAGCGCCCUUCUGCACGGUCUGAGUUUUCAUCUCGGUGCUGUGCUGAUGUCUCUGGGCUUCAUCACCUACAUUGAGCAUGUGCUGCGGAAGAGACUAGCUGACAUUUUUAAUGCCUGUAUCCUGUCCAAGAAAUGUCAGCCAAACUGCAGCCACCAGAACAAAAAGGCUCUAUGGGUGCACAUAAUCAACAUAGCAUUCAGCGCUCUGGCAAUACUACAUCUGACAUACUUGGGUUCAGUGUUUAAUUCCAGUGUUGACUACAUGGAGGAGGAUGAGGAUGACAUAACCCACCAUACCAUUCAGAAGUGGUCCGAUCUAAGCUGGACAAGCCACUGGGUCACAUUUGGAUGUUGGAUAAUGUACCGCCUCAUUCUUUAAAACUGAGAAAGAGCGAAAGGAGCAAUAAUGUGAUUUAUUUUCUCCUCUGUGACUUUAAAGUACAUCAGGGUGGGGAGAACUAUAGUCAAUACGCAGAUUAGUGUCAUCCUGACCUGCUGGGGACUCCUUUUGAUAUACACGCCGCUCUCCUUCCUCUUUUCCUCUCGAUGACACCCUCUUUUUUUCCAAUCUGAGCCACUGCAGUCGUCAAGCGCUCAUGUUGUGACAGCAGUUUCUGAUGUCUCCCUGCGAGUCACAAUCAAUACCUAUCAGCAUGGUGGAAAUCAGCUCCUUCUUUCUGACGAUUGAGCCGUUAUCUCGCCCUCGGAGGCUACUGCGCCAGUUUCCUUCACCUCAAAUGUUUCAUGAUUUUCUAUUUGCCAUGUCCCCUUAAGGAUUUUGAAAUUGCACAAUGUUCUUAUGUUCAGUGCUUCCUAAAUCACAAGGGUUCUCAGCAGCAGACCUGUGAGUUUACACUAGGAUGAGAGCACAGAGUAUGUAUAGUUCAAUAUUUGUGUAUCUGUAGAUUAUUUUCAUACUAUAUGAGUUAAAAAUGGUUUUCCAAAGCCUAAAAUGACAUCCUAAAAAUGAAUUAUUACAUACAGUAGUAUUUAACCAAACGGUAAUACUGGUUUUGUCUUUUUCAGAUGGAGUUAGAAGUUUGUAAUCUUCUUUUGUAAUUUUUACAUUUAGAAAGUCAAAUCAGAAAAGGUAUGUAUCGUGGUGAAAUUUAGUAAUGUUUUUUUUUAAAUACAUUUCAAAUACAGAGGUACUUUGAAUUUUGUUAUUAAUCCGUUCCUGAGGGUUAGUUAGUUUUUCCUUUUUUAUCAACUUUCUUUAGCCCCAUGAUGGUUAUUUGCAGUUACUUAGUGGCUUAGUGGUUAGAUUCUCUGCCCUGAGAUCGGUAGGUUGUAAGUUCAAACCCCGGCCGAGUCAUACCAAAGACUUUACAAAUGGGACCCAUUACCUCCCUGCUGGGCACUCAGCAUCAAGGGUUGGAAUUGAGGGUUAAAUCAUCAAAAAUGAGUCCCGGACGCGGCCACUGCUUCCACCCACUGCUCCCCUCACCUCUCAUGGAGUGAACAAGGGAAUGGGUCAAAUGCAGAGGACACAUUUCACCACACCUAGUGUGUGUGUGACAAUCACUGGUACUUUAACUUUAAGUUGUACUCAAAAAAAGCACAGCGACUGAGAGUCACCUGAUCUGUUUCUGGCCAUUUGAUUCCACGGAAUGCAGGCAAAACCAAGUUUAGUGAACAUUUUGAUCAUAAAACAAAUCAUAGAAAAAGUAGAGCAUAUGAGCAAACUGAGGUAUCACUGUACUCUUCAUAUUAAAAAAUAUUUCAAUCAAGGUAUGGCACAUUACUUUUAAACCCUCUGAUUUAAUUUAUAUAUAGUGCCGUCAAAUGAUUAAAAUAUUCAAAUCAGAUUAGUCACACUUUUGAAUUUGGGUUAAUCGUGGUUAAUCACAAUUAUCACUCGCUUGCAUAAUUUCAAAAAACCCUAAACAUAUUUUAUUGUCAAAAUGUCAUGCAGGAACAUUUUAAAGUGUUUUACUUGAAUGCAGUUAAUUUAUUUGCUAAAAAAAGUUGUAACAGUUGUAUCUAAAGUCCUGUCAGCGUUUAUUUCAGAGUGAAAUUUGCCAGCAAGCACACCAUCCUCACUCAUCUUUGCAUUGACAUAUGCAUUGACCUUAUAUCAACCCUCAGCCUUUCCGGUAACCAUCUGCGGUUAUGGUAAAAAACAUGUACGGUCAAAAUAAAUUGUGCCAUUAAUCUGUGUAUCCACAUGAUUAAUGCGAUAUUUGUUGUGAGUAAUUUAUUUUUGACAGCCAUAUUUAUGUAUAUUUAGUUUUAAUAUACAGUCUGUCAUGUUGGGACUUUAUCCUGCAUAUAGUUUAUGCUGCACUCUGCACUACAAGUGAUCACCUGAAGAAAUGAAAUGACCUAUUUUGUCAGACUAGGUUUAACAGUCUCUGUAUUUGUGACGUCAAAAGGAUUUGCAUCCUGACGAGCUCUCAACGUGUUAGAUCAGAGCCUGAGUGUUCAGUCUCUGUACAACCAAACCCUAUUCAAGUAUUUUCAGUAUGAAUAUAGUUCCUGUAAAUGUGAAUUCACUGACACACCUGUGAUCAUUGUUUUAUAAAAAUUUUAAUGAA